UUCAUUUUAGACUCCGUGACGAACUAAAAACACUUGAUCUCCUGCAGCAAAUUCAGACAUAUCCCACAAUCUUUGCUCCUAUUUUUUGUCACAAACCUGAAAAACUAACCGCAGAAAAAAUGGAUGAUCUCUUUAAAGUUCACUUUUCUUGUGAAGGAAGCAAUAAGAAGACAGUGGAACUUUCCAUUGUUGCUUUUUGGAGGGAUUUUUUACUGGAUGUGGAAGAAAAGGAGACAUCAACCACAACGGAAGGGAUACUCAUAUUUGCUACAGGUGCUGACUGUAUCCCACCAUGUGGCUUCUUCCCGGAACCAUCCAUUGAAUUUCUGUAUCAUUAUGGUGCUGCACAUCCAGGGUUGCUUCCAGUGUCAAACACAUGCAUAAACUGUCUUAGGCUGCCCAUUUACCCAACGUAUAAGGAAUUUAAAGCAAAAAUGGACUUUGCAUUUUGCAAUACUCAGGGAUUUGCAAAAGAAUAGUUAUUUUUUUAAAACCAGUUCUCAAUUCUGCUACUGUUGUGAAUUAUUGUAUAAUACAGUAUAUUUAACAUGUGUUAGUGAAAGACCAAAGUUUGAUUCUAAAUUGAUUGGUCUUAUACAUACUCUUCUGUAUUGGAAUAUUUUUACAAGUAAAUAAAAAAGAAACAAGAC